UGUUUGCGAACGGCCCCCUCAGUUUGUGACGCCGUCGCACUAAUUCCUUUAGUCACUUUGCGUUUGGACCUUUGGCAGGAUGGCCGGGGUAGUGCUGCGGCGCUGUGUGAGCACUUUACUGUCAACAUCUGGGGCCAAAAGCAUCCGAACCAGAGGGGCCAGCAGCUUUUACAGGGCCGCUGUAAGGAGGACUGCCACGGCUCUGACUACUGGAAGAGCUGCAUUCCUCCUGGGGAUCCCAACGCUGUCCUGUCUGGGUUAUGAAGCUUAUCACAGAGUGCAGAGUUCAGCCGUGGUCCACGCUUUGGAAAAAGAGGAGGUGUUGGAGCAGGCUGACUACCUGUACAGCAGUGCAGAGUCAGAGAAGCUGUACCAGCUGCUGCUGCAGUACAAGGACAGUAACGAUGCAGACUUUCUGUGGAGGCUGGCCCGUGCGUCUCGGGACCUGUCCCUCCUGCCCAACAUGGAGGCCGGGCGGAAGAAGCAGCUGGUGUUUGAGGCCUUCGAAUAUGCGAAGAAGGCACUGGAGAAAGAUGACAAGAAUUUCUCAGCACACAAAUGGUACGCAGUAUGUCUCAGUGAUAUCGGGGAUUACGAGGGAGUGAAGGUGAAAAUUGGAAAUUCCUACAUCAUCAGGGAACAUCUAGAGAGAGCCAUCAAGCUCAAUCCCAGUGAUGCCACUUCCUUACAUAUUUUGGGUUACUGGUGCUUUGCUUUUGCUGAGCUGCCAUGGUAUCAACGCAAGGUGGCGGCUGUAAUUUUUUCAUCACCGCCUACGUCCACAUACGAGGAGGCUUUGGAAUUCUUCCUGAAAGCUGAAGAAGUUGAUCCAAACUUCUAUAGUAAAAACCUGGUAAUGCUCGGGAAGACCUACAUGGCCAUGAACGACAAACAGAAAGCACUUCUGUGGCUGACCAAAGCAAAAGAGUACCCUCCUCACACACAAGAAGACAAAGAGGUCCAUAAAGAGGCUGUCGACCUCUUGAAGAAGCUAGGAUGAAGCUGUGAUCACCACUGAGGGGAAUAGGAUGCCUUUGGGGGCUUUAGGGCUGUUAAUAUUUGCUAUCAUGCAAAUAAAAUGCUAAUGUUUUCUUUCUGUGACUUUAUAACCACUAAUACAGUAUAACUGUGAGUGGCCUUGCACACAGAAUGCCUUUACGAGAUUCAACGUCCAACCAUCAAAGCUGCAACACUCAGCUUUUGAUAUCGCAGUGGUAAACAGGAUCUACAUGGUGUCUAUAUAUCUAUCAAUGUCUGGCUUUUGUCUGACAGCUGGCCCCUGAGAUGGGCUAAAUAUUUGAAAACAGUGAACAUUGUCACUUUUUUAAGUUUGGAUCAAUAAACGUAACCAAUUUCAUUACAAAGCUGUAUCUGUAUAUCUGGAGUCAAACAUAAAUGUUAUAGUAAAUAUUAAAGUAAAUGUUAAAGUUUA